AUGGAAGUCGUCCACCAUCAGCCCGCCUCGGCGCGGGUCGUCGACGCCAAGGACGAGGGCCUCAUGUGCCUCGAGCUCCAAGAUGGCUCAACCUUCCAGGGCUACAGCUUUGGUGCCAACAAGAGCAUCGCUGGAGAGCUCGUCUUCCAGACGGGCAUGGUCGGCUACCCGGAGUCUAUCACGGACCCGUCCUACCGCGGCCAGAUCCUCGUCAUCACCUUCCCCCUUGUGGGUAACUACGGUGUGCCCUCUCGCGAAGCCACCGACAAGCUUCUGGGAGACCUGCCCGAGUAUUUCGAGGCCAACCAGAUCCACAUCGCCGGUCUCGUUACCGCCUCCUACACCGGCGAGGACUACUCUCACCACCUUGCAACCUCCUCCCUGGGCACCUGGCUCAAGGAGCAGGGCAUCCCCGCUGUCUACGGUAUCGACACGCGAGCUCUUACGAAGCGCAUCCGAGUCGAGGGUAGCAUGCUUGGUCGACUGAUGAUGCAAAAGGACGACAAGAGCAAUGGAGUACCCAACGGAGUCAAUGGCGCCGCCACUCACGUCGCUAAGAAGUACACAAAAUCGGACUUCGAGACGAUCGAGUGGGUCAACCCGAACGAGAAGAACCUUGUCGCUGAGGUAUCCAUCAAGGAACCGAAGCUAUACAAGCCGAACCCAGAGAUUGCCCUUAAGCAUCCCUCUGGACGCACCCUGCGUGUCCUCUGCCUCGAUGUCGGUAUGAAGUUCAACCAGCUCAGGUGCUUCCUGAAGCGUGGAGUCGAGGUCAUGGUUUGCCCCUGGGACUAUGAUUUCUCCACCGAAGCGGGAAAGGAGUACGACGGUCUCUUCGUUUCCAACGGCCCUGGUGACCCAGCUGUCAUGAAGGAUACUGUCAAGCACAUCUCCGCCACCAUGGCGAAGAACCGAACACCGGUCUUCGGUAUCUGCCUUGGACACCAACUCCUUGCCCGCGCGGCUGGCGCCGACACCGUCAAGAUGAAGUUUGGCAACCGAGGACACAACAUUCCUUGUACAAGUAUGGUUACUGGAAAGUGCCACAUCACAUCUCAGAACCACGGUUAUGCCGUUGACUCCAGCACUCUGCCCACCGAGUGGAAGGAGCUCUUUGUGAACGCCAACGACGGUAGCAAUGAGGGUAUCAUGCAUGUCAACAAGCCCUACUUCAGCGUGCAAUUCCACCCCGAAAGCACUCCUGGUCCUCGAGACACUGAGUACCUCUUUGACGUCUUCAUCAACACUAUUGUCGACUGUGCCAAGGACAACAGCUUGUUGAACGCUCCUGUCAAGUUCCCGGGCGGCACCAUUGCGGAGAACGAGGCACGACACCCGCGAGUUCACGUCAAGAAGAUCUUGGUCCUCGGCAGUGGCGGUCUGAGCAUUGGUCAGGCCGGAGAGUUUGACUACUCGGGUAGUCAGGCCAUCAAGGCUCUGAAGGAGGAGGGUAUCUACACUGUCCUCAUCAACCCCAACAUUGCCACAAUCCAGACUUCGAAGGGUCUGGCCGACAAGGUGUAUUUCCUCCCAGUCACAGCCGACUUUGUUCGUAAGGUUAUCCAGUACGAGCGACCGGAUGCCAUUUACGUCACCUUCGGUGGUCAGACUGCUCUGCAAGUGGGUAUUCAGCUCAAGGAUGAGUUUGAAGAGCUUGGUGUCAAGGUGCUUGGUACUCCAAUUGACACCAUCAUUACCACCGAGGACCGUGAGCUGUUCGCUUGCAGCAUGGAGUCUAUUGGCGAGAAAUGCGCCAAGUCAGCUUCAGCCAACAACGUCGAGGAGGCUAUGCGCGUCGUCAAGGACAUCGGAUUUCCCGUCAUUGUCCGAGCUGCAUACGCCCUCGGUGGACUUGGAAGUGGUUUCGCCAACAAUGAUGAGGAACUGCUUGCACUUUGCAAUAAGGCUUUCGCCGUCAGUCCCCAAGUCCUGAUCGAGCGGAGUAUGAAGGGCUGGAAGGAGAUCGAGUACGAAGUUGUCAGAGAUGCCCAGGACAACUGCAUCACUGUGUGUAACAUGGAAAACUUCGAUCCCCUCGGAAUCCAUACUGGUGACUCCAUCGUUGUUGCCCCCUCGCAGACCUUGUCCGACGAGGAUUACAACAUGCUGCGAACGACCGCAGUCAACGUCAUUCGCCACCUCGGUGUCGUUGGCGAGUGCAACAUCCAGUAUGCUUUGAACCCCGAUUCCAAGGAGUACUGUAUCAUCGAAGUCAACGCUAGAUUGUCCCGAUCGUCUGCAUUGGCCUCCAAAGCUACUGGAUAUCCUCUAGCAUUCAUUGCCGCCAAGUUGGGCUUGAACAUCCCUCUCAAGGACAUCAAGAACUCCGUCACCAAGAGCACAUGCGCAUGCUUCGAGCCAUCUUUGGACUACGUCGUAGUCAAGAUGCCCAGGUGGGACUUGAAGAAGUUCACCAGGGUCUCCACACAGCUGGGCUCUUCUAUGAAGAGUGUUGGUGAAGUCAUGAGCAUAGGCCGAAGCUUCGAAGAGGCCAUCCAGAAGGCCAUACGAUCCGUCAACUUUAGCAACCUUGGAUUCAACGAGACGAAGGCUCUCAUGUCCUUGGAUGACGAGCUCCAAACCCCAUCGGACCAGCGUCUCUUUGCUAUUGCGAACGCCAUGCACCAGGGAUACUCUGUUGACAAGAUCUGGGAGCUGACCAAGAUCGACAAGUGGUUCUUGAACAAGCUGAUGGGCCUGAACAACUUUGCCAAGUCCAUGACCCAGUACAAGGUUGACGAUGUGGCGCAGCGUCCUGAUCUCCUUCUUCAGGCAAAGCGUCUCGGAUUCAGUGAUCAGCAGCUGGCCAAGUUCAUCUCCUCGACGGAACUUGAGAUCCGAGAGCUGCGACUUGAUGCCGGCAUCACGCCCUUCGUAAAGCAGAUUGAUACCGUUGCUGCAGAGUUCCCUGCAUUCACCAACUAUCUUUACCUGACCUACAAUGCGUCGGAGCACGAUAUCCCCUUCAACGACAAUGGUGUGAUGGUUCUCGGUUCCGGAGUAUACCGUAUCGGUUCAUCAGUCGAGUUUGAUUGGUGCUCCGUCAGGGCCAUCCGUACAUUACGCGAGCAAGGCUUCAAAACGAUCAUGGUAAAUUAUAAUCCGGAGACUGUAUCCACGGACUACGAUGAGGCCGAUCGGCUGUACUUCGAGAACAUCACGAUGGAGACUGUGCUUGAUAUCUACCAGAUGGAGGGCGCCAGCGGUGUGCUUGGAGCCAUGGGUGGUCAGACACCUAAUAACAUCGCACUCCCACUGCAUCAUGCUGGUGUCAAGGUCUUGGGAACGUCGCCAGAGAUGAUUGACAAUGCAGAGAACAGAUUCAAGUUCUCUCGUACUCUGGACAGAAUUGGCGUUGACCAGCCUACCUGGAAGGUAUUGACGAGCUUUGAGGAUGCCAAGUCAUUCUGCCAGAAGGUCACUUACCCGGUGCUCGUUCGACCUUCGUACGUGCUUUCCGGUGCCGCCAUGAACACAGUCUACUCAGAAGCAGAUCUCGAGUCCUACCUGGAACAAGCUGUGGAUGUUUCUCCCUCGCACCCGGUCGUUAUCACGAAAUAUAUUGAGAACGCCAAGGAAAUCGAGAUGGACGCCGUGGCUCAGGAUGGCAAGGUCAUCGGCCACUUUAUCUCUGAGCACGUUGAGAACGCGGGUGUGCACUCAGGUGACGCCACACUCAUUCUGCCGCCUCAGGAUCUCGAGAAAACGACCAUUGAGCGUAUUGAGGACGCAACCAGAAACAUUGGCGCAGCCUUGAACGUCACUGGUCCGUUCAACAUCCAGUUCAUUGCCAAGGACAACGAUAUCAAGGUGAUUGAAUGCAAUGUCCGCGCUUCGCGAUCCUUCCCAUUCGUGUCCAAGGUCAUGGGCGUGGACCUCAUUGAGAUGGCGACCAAGGCUAUCAUGGGCUUGCCAGUUGCCGCGUACCCCCCGACCACGAUUGUGCCAGAUUGCGUCGGUGUCAAGGUGCCGCAGUUCAGUUUCUCUCGACUUUCUGGUGCUGACCCGGUCCUGGGUGUAGAGAUGGCUUCCACUGGAGAAGUGGCUUGCUUCGGUGCUGACAAGUAUGAGGCUUACUUGAAGGCGCUCAUCGCAACUGGCUUUAAGAUCCCGAAGGCCAACGUCUUGCUCUCUAUCGGUUCUUAUAAGGACAAGAAGGAGAUGCUGCCAUCGAUUGCGAAAAUGCAGAAGAUGGGCUACAAGCUGUUCGCAACCGCGGGUACUGCCGACUUCUUGCAAGAGAACGGCAUUCCAGUUCAGUAUCUGGAAGUUCUCGGAAACGAAGAGGAAGAUCAACGAUCUGAGUACUCCUUGUCGCAGCAUCUUUCCAACAACAUGAUUGACCUGUACAUCAACCUGCCAUCCAACAACAAAUACCGUCGACCUGCCAACUAUAUGAGCAAAGGCUACCAAACCAGACGAAUGGCCGUUGACUACCAGAUCCCGUUGGUUACCAACGUCAAGAACGCCAAGAUCCUUAUCGAGGCUAUUGCCAGACACUUCGACCUUGAGGUCAGAAACCGCGAUUACCAGACAAGCCACAGGACUAUUGUCUUGCCUGGGCUGAUCAAUAUCGCCGCCUUCGUUCCUGGCAUUGUGUCUCAGGGCAGCCGCGAUCUUCAGGCUGUGACAAAGGCUUCUGUCGCUGCUGGGUUUACCAUGAUCCGUGUGAUGCCCCUUGGUGUUGAUGGCUCCAUCACCGAUGCCAAGAGCUUGAAGUUGGCCCAACAGAACAGCAAGCGCGGCGGUUACUGUGAUUACAAUUUCUCAGUAUCUGCAACUUCUGACAACGCAGAGCAGAUCACUCAAGUCACUAGCGAAGUUGGCUCCUUGUUUAUUCCCUUCAAUCACUUGUCGGAUAACAUCAACAAGGUCGCAGCUGUCAUGGCCCACUUUGACUCAUGGCCGACUCACAAGCCCAUCUUGACGGAUGCCAAGACUACCGAUCUUGCCUCCAUCUUGCUGCUCGCCAGCCUGCACAACCGACGUAUUCAUGUCAGCAGUGUUACUACCAAGGAGGACAUUCACCUGAUUGCCCUGAGCAAGGCCAAGAGCCUCAACGUCACCUGUGAUGUGUCCAUCUACUCGCUGUAUCUAACAAGAGAGGAUUACCCAGAGUGCCAGGCCCUGCCUACUUUGGCCGACCAAAAGGCUCUGUGGGAUCACCUUAACACCAUCGACGUGUUCUCUAUUGGCAGUCUGCCAUACCAGCUUGCUCGCAGCAAGCAGGCACAAACCGAUUCGGCCGUGGGCAUCACAGAUGCUCUGCCGCUCCUGCUGACCUCGGUUACGGAGGGUAGAUUGACCAUUGAUGAUAUCAAGGCGCGUCUAUACGAUAACCCUAAGGAGAUCUUUGAACUCCACGAGCAAGUCGCUACCUCUGUUGAAGUUGAGAUUGACCGACCUUACGUCGUCCCCACUACUUCAACCUGGUCUCCUUUUGCUGGCAAGACCAUGCGCGGAGCGGUACAAAGAGUCACCUUUGGCGACAAGACUGUCUGUCUUGAUGGCGAAACGCUUCCCCUUGAGCCUCUUGGCAAAGACAUGUCAACCCACGGCAGCAUGCCGGCGCCUAUGUCACCUCCCAUCAAGCCUAUGACCCAGGCCCUUGGCAGCUUCACUCCUAACACCCAGAAUGGAAGGCGUCCUUCUGUUGUUGGACAGAGGUCUUCUUUCAAGCCACGAGCUCUGGACGGUCUCAUGGAUGGCGACCAAAGAGUGUCUUCCACUGGCGAUGACUUCGGCCUGCCUUUAUCUAUGGGACAGCCGGCAUUUGAUCCUCUGCGGGACUUGCUGAGACAGCCCUCGUCAUUCAAGAACUCCCAUGUUCUGUCUGUCUCCCAGUAUACCCGCUCGGAUCUGCACCUUCUGUUCACGGUCGCUCAAGAGAUGCGCCUGGGUGUUCAAAGGGAAGGUGUGCUGAGCACUUUGAAGGGCAGAGUCCUCACAACCUUGUUCUACGAGCCUUCGACGCGUACAUCAGCCUCGUUUGACGCUGCCAUGCAGCGUCUCGGUGGCAGAACGAUUGCCAUCUCGACGACACACUCGUCUGUCCAGAAGGGUGAGACUCUGCAGGAUACGCUGAGGACCCUGGGCUGCUAUGGUGAUGCCAUUGUCCUGCGCCACCCCGAGGAGAGCUCCGUCGAUGUUGCCAAGAAGUUCAGUCCCGUACCGGUGAUCAACGGUGGCAACGGCAGCAAGGAGCACCCCACCCAAGCCUUCCUUGAUCUCUUCACUAUUCGUGAAGAGCUCGGUACCGUACAGGGUCUUACCAUCACCUUCGUUGGUGACCUCUUGUACGGCCGCACCGUGCACUCGCUGGUCUACCUCCUCCAGCACUACCAGGCUCGAGUGCAGCUUGUGUCUCCCAAGUCGCUCCGGUUGCCAGCCAAGAUCCGUGAGCAGCUAGUGUCCUCUGGACAGCUCGUAUGCGAGUCGGAGACAUUGACGAAGGAGAUUCUCGAGAGGAGUGACGUCUUGUACUGCACCAGGGUACAGAAGGAGCGGUUCCCGAGUGUGGAGGAGUAUGAGGCUGUCAAGGACUCGUACCGCAUUGACAACGCAACGCUGAAGCAUGCUAAGAGCACUCUGGCUGUAUUGCAUCCUCUCCCGAGGAACGAGGAGGUCGCUGAGGAGGUUGAUUUCGAUCAGCGAGCGGCAUAUUUCAGACAGAUGAGAUACGGUCUGUACUGUCGCAUGGCCUUGCUGGCCUUGGUCAUGUCGCCUUGA